GUGCCGUGUUAUAUUAGCAACUCGCGCACCUCAUUUUGAAUUUUUGAGUGAGUUUCCCUUUGCUUUUGAUCUCCCUCUCGCGCGCGCUCCGUGGGUAAUGUAACAAAAAUGGAGAAAAGCGGUGAAGUAGAAGGUCCAUCCUCUACUCUUCCGAUGGGAACGAGGCAUUCGGAUUUGAAGAAAUCGUUUAAGCUCGCCCUUCGCUCUCUUCUCACUGCCUGUUCCAACCAAGAAUUCUGCAACGCAUUCCCAAGGUUUACUGCUGCGGAGCAACAACUUCUCCACCGCCUAUUCAUUCAGGUCGUUACUUCCUUACAUGAAAAUAUUGAGGAUGAGUUUGAGUCUCUGUGUCUUGAAACGCAGGUGGGAGCCACUCUAGAUUCCAUAGAGCAACUUGUUGAAGAACAGAGUCUGGACCCAUUGUUUUCGAAUCCGACCAAUGUAAUGGAUGUUGCUGGAAAUCUUUCAAUAGAAAAGAAGAACGAGAUCCAAUUCUUGACGGGUAUGCUGGACAUGGCUGAGAAACGGAACAGCCUCAUCCGUGCUCGUGUUGAACACCUCAGGGAAGGAAUGCAAGAUGUCUCGGGCAUGGCAGAUGCCUUAGAGAAGUUGAGAAGCAGGAGUUUAAGUUACGCAUGCAACAGCAAUGCCAUCCAUGAUCCUUGAUUUGUGCGGUAGAUGCAUUUUGCAGUUAAGCUUCUAGCUCAUGCUAUUUUGUCCUCAAUUGCUCGAUCUCAAACGUCACUUACUCAAAAGAUCUAGAAGUGUUGGAGGCAUUAUUGGAUGAUGAGGACGAGCUAGAAGGUUUGACGCAAUGAUCCAAACCCCUCAAAUAUCUUGAACGUGGACCCAGAAAUCUUUUAAAAAUGUCAACAUUACUUGUUAAGGAACUUUGAUAAAAUGCAGAUUCAACACGCAAGGUAAUCAUUUUUACCUACACAUAAGAGAAUGAAUUAAUAUUGUCACAAAUGUAUAAAUAUGUUUAGUUAAAACAAAUAUUUGUAUUUACAAAAAAAAAAUAGAUAAUUGUAUGCUUACAUAGUUUUUACGA